AUGGCUCCGGGGCGUAAAAGGGGAGCGAAUAAGGCUAAGGCCAAGAGUCAGCUCAGUUUGGGCGAUCUUGUUCUCGCUAAAGUUAAGGGAUUCCCUGCUUGGCCUGCCAAGAUAUGUCGGCCUGAAGACUGGAAGAAGACACCGGACCCGAAGAAACAUUUCGUUUUCUUCUUUGGAACUCAAGAAAUAGCUUUUGUUGCCCCUCCUGAUAUCCAAGUAUUCACAAGUGAAUUAAAGACCAAGUUAUCUUCUAAGUGUCAAGGCAAGAGCAAGCGCUUUAAAGAAGCAGUGCAGGAAAUUUCUGCAGAAUUUGAGAAGUUACAAAAUAAAAAGUCAAGUGCUCGGGGGGAGAUAACCUCUGCCGAUGGAAUGGGACAUGGCGGAGAGGCGGACUUGAAUGAUGGUGCUGCUAGAUCCAAUGGAGAAGCAUCAGAAGAUGCAGGUGAUUCCAGAUCCAAAGGAGAUUAUUGUUCUGGAAGAGAAAGUGAAGCUGACUCUGAAGAAACAGUGCCUUCUGUGUCAUGUGAUACGGGUGACAGUCCAGUCGGGGCUGUGUCAUCUGACAAGAAUUCUGAUGAUGAGCAGCCACAGGAGGUGGCAUCUGGUCCUACGGUAACUACAGAUGGGGAAAAUGAUACCUCUAUUGCUGCAAGAGUAAAUGUUGGUGACAUGCAGGAAGUGGAUAUUGACACAAAGGUUCAGGAAAAUGGUAAUAAGUCUCAGGUUGGCACUGACGGAGUUAGGAGAGUAGAUGAUGCGGUGAAAGUUCGUAGAGAUAGGAGUUCAGUUUUGGUUGAGAAGGAAGAUGUGAAACCUUGUAAAUCGUCUGAUAUUGGGAAGGAAUUGAAAGACAAAGUGAAAGGCAAAUCUCCUUCUGGAAUUGGUGGUAACCCUACGGGAACUAGGAAAGGGAAGAAAAGAAAAGAAAUGCAGAAAGCUAGAACAAAUUCAAAUGCACCUGAUGGCAUUCGUGAAAACAUGGGUGAUAAACAGAAGAGUUCCAGAUCUGGAUCAGGGAAGUCCGAGGUUUAUGCCUCAGAUGCUUCUCGUCCAUCUAAAAGACUGAAGCAUGAAGAUGUGGAAUCCCCCAAAGAUUCUAUGAACUCUGAUGCUUUUGGUGGCAGUUCGAGCAAAUCAUCGUCUGGGCAAAGAGUUCUUCGUGGUCCAGGAUCCCAUGCAAAUAAAGUGAAGGUUGAUGCUUCUGCACGAACAGGUAAAGCUAACUCUGAUGCAUCACUUGCGUCAGGUAGAGGCAGAUUGGACGCGUCACCGAGAAAGACUGGGUUAAAAUCUGUUGCGUCUCCGCAAGCAGAUAAAGGAAAAUCUUAUGCAUCUCGCCAGAUGGAUAAAGUAAAAUCCAGUUCAUCUACCCUUAUUGGUAAGGUUAAGUCUGAUUCGUCUGCCCAAGUGAGAAAAGUUCAUGCCAAUCCAAUUGGUGAUAUGGGUAAAGGUAAAGCAGAUGUUAAUCAAAGGAGUAAGGUGCAUGAUACUACUGGUGAUGAGGAUGAGUUACCAGUAUCGAAACGUCGGCGGCGAGCACAAGAGGCAAUGACUGAUUCUGUUCAUAAUUUAAAAGAUAGAACGAAAGGAAGUCCUGAUCCAAAGAAUAACUUGUCUUAUAGUCGUGCUAGAGUUCAUGGCAAUCAGAAUUUGAAAAGGCGAAGAGCCGUGUGCCUCUAUGACGAGGAAGAAGAGGAUGACGAUCCUAAAACUCCUGUUCAUGGUGGGACUGGCAGAAGUAUGAAACCUCCAGCAGCUGUCUCUGGUGAUAUCAAGGACAGGGACAAAGACACUGGAGGUUCUCGUAAGCGACAAGAUGAAUGUGUAGUUAACACCCAAUCAAAUGUGACUGAAUCUGCUAGACACCAUGAUGUAUUGAAGGAGGCAUCUUCAAACUUGCAAAAGAAUUGUGUUUACCCUGGUCGGCCGAGCACAGUGAAGAUGCAUAAUGAUCCUGAUUCACAGAGUCCAUGUGAAGAUGGAGAACAGGUAUUGCUCAAGAAGGUAAGCACUGCCUUGACUUCUCCGAAGAACUAUCCUCGGUCACUUGAAUCACCCAAAACAGUAGUGAAACAGGACAAAACCAGUGAGGCUUCUCAAAAUACUUCUGAUGCCCAAAAGACGCCCCUUGCUGAUGAAGAGCAGGUAAUGUCCAAGGUGAAGGAGGUAAGCACUGCCCUGGCUUCUCCUAAGAACUCACCUCAGCCACUUGCUUCACCCAAAACAGUGGCGGGACAGGAUAAAACCAGUAAGGCUUCUGUAAAAACACCUUCUGGUGCCCAAAAGAAGCCCCAGGCUGACAAAGAGCAGGUAAUAGCAAAGGAGGUAAAUACUGCUCUGACUUCUCCUGAGAGUUCUCCUAUGUCACUUGGUCCACCCAAAACAGGGGUGGACCAGCAUAAAACCAGCAAGGCUUCCGUGAAAACAGCUUCUGGUUUGCAAAAGAAUCCCCAGGCUGCCUCUGGUAAGUCCUCAGGUAUGGUCCCAGAUGGUGCAAAAGCUUCCCAGUAUCACGUGGCAGCUCAAAGAAAUAGGCAUGCUCUUUCUGGAGAGAGACCUAAAAGUAAUCCGAAAGUCCCAUCACGCGUGGGUGAUCAGGCCAUUUCGCUGGAAACUUCAGUGAAAGUUGAAGCUGCUGCGGAUGAUAAUGCUUCAGAUUCUGCCAUAUCUAUGAAGAACCUCAUUGCUGCCGCUCAAGCAAAAAGAAAAGAAGCUCAUACCCAACAUUUCUCUCUUGGGAACUCCAGUUAUAAUCUUCUGUCCAUGAAUGAUGCUCAUGGAUGGAGCCCUAGUCCGUCGUUUCUCCAACCGUUACCAUCUGGCAUGUCCAAUGGGAUGCAGGGUGAUGCAUCAGGGUUUCAUCCUCACCCAAAUGUACCUUCUCCAUCUACACAAAAUCAUCCUUUAGGGCCUGAGACUCGAAUCGAAAAUGAAGAGGAUGAGGAUCAAAGGGUCAGUUCUGGACAUAGGGCCCCUGGAGGCUCACUGAGUGGCGGCACAGAGGCUGCUGUUGCGCGUGAUGCUUUUGAAGGGAUGAUAGAGACUUUGUCGAGGACAAAAGAAAGUAUAGGGCGCGCAACCCGUCUUGCCAUAGACUGUGCCAAAUAUGGAAUUUCCAAUGAGGUUGUGGAACUUUUGAUCAGAAAGCUAGAAAGUGAAACCAGUUCCCAUCGAAAAGUGGACUUAUUCUUUCUUGUGGAUUCAAUUACCCAGUGUUCUUCUCAUCAAAAAGGAAUUGCUGGAGCUUCAUAUGUGCCAACAGUUCAGGCAGCGUUACCACGUCUUCUGAGUGCCGCUGCUCCACCUGGAGCUGGUGCACGGGAAAAUCGCAGGCAGUGUCUCAAGGUGCUGAAACUAUGGCUUCGCCGGAAAAUCUUCCCUGAAUCUGUGCUGAAGCGGUUUAUGGAUGAAAUUGGGGGUUCAAAUGAUGAAAUCUCUGGUGGUUUGUCUCUUAGACGUCCAUCCCGCUGCGAAAGGGCUUUAAAUGAUCCUAUCAGAGAGAUGGAAGGGUUGCUUGUCGAUGAGUAUGGGAGUAAUGCCACUUUUCAGUUACCUGGCUUGUUCUCUGGAAACAUAUUUGAAGAAGAUGACGAUGAAGAUCUAUUAUUGGAGUUGCCUAAGAAAGUGGGGGACAUGCCCACGGUGGCAGAACCUGAUCACAAUACCUUAGGAGAGUCCGAAGCAUAUACGGUUACACCCACUGACAGACGACAUUGUAUCUUAGAGGAUGUGGACGGUGAACUUGAAAUGGAAGAUGUCUCGGGUCACCAUCUUAAGGAUGAAGGACCUGAAAUGGAAAUAGAUGAAGACCAUUUCUCUGAUAGGGUAGUGGUCAAACCUUCAUCAAACAGUCCUGCUGACUCUCCCCCUGUUCCGGAUGGUUCGCCACCGCUCCCUCCGGGCUCUCCUCCUCAGCUUCCACCUUUACCACCCUCUCCACCACCUCCUCUGCCUCCUCCUCCGCCAAGCUCUUCUCUGCCACCACCUCCUCCACCAAGCUCUUCUCUGCCACCACCUCCUCCACCAAGCUCUUCUCUGCCACCACCUCCUCCACCAAGCUCUUCUCUGCCACCACCCCCUCUUCCGCCUCCACCUCCACCACCAUCUCUUCUUCCAUCACAGCUCCCUCCUGGGCCACCCUCAGCUCCUCAGCCACCUUUGAUACAUCAACAUUUAGUGCCAGCUCAACCUCUACAUUCUCAGUCCUUAAUGUCAACACAGCCUUCUAUACAGUCACCACAGUUGGCUUAUCAGACGCCUGCAGCUCAUGAAUACUGCAGUACAUCCAGUGGAAAUAAAACCGGUCAAAUGACUGGGACUGCUCAUGUGAAGCAUAUGGAUCAUGUCAUGAAAAGUCACCAGUCACCUCGUUUUGCUCAUUCAGCCGUUUGCAGCUCUCAAGAAACAUCUGGAUUCAGUUCUUCCAGGCAUUUGGAGUAUAGUCAUAAUGACAUGUAUUUGAAUCCGCAAGCAUCCCAACACAAUGCUCAAUUCCAGCCGGGCAACUCAUCGUUUGUGCCUCGGCCUGUGAAUCCAAGCCUCACGCAAACUGCGCCGGGCCAUUUUCAAUUUUCAAAGCCAGUGAUUCAGCAACACCACCAGCAACCCUAUCCCCAUCCUUUUCCUGUGCCAUCCCAUCCUGAUGGGCAUAGGAGAUUUGUUGGCGAUGAUCAGUGGAGGAUGCCCUCGAAUGAAUUUAAUGCUAACAAUCAACAUAAUGGAUGGAUUGGUGGAAGAACGCAAUCGCAUGGAGGGCAUUCAAUUAGCCAAGAAGGUUUCUUCCGAGGACCAGUUGAAAGGCCACCAGUGAAUACUGUUGGUGUUCAGUUCCCUGCAAGUAACAAUUUGCCAGCUGCACCUCCAAUUCCAGGUCAUGGUGUUUCUCCGAUGAGGCCAUGUAGACCGGACAUGUCCACUGUUAAUUGCUGGAGGCCAGGUUAA